AUGGACGGUCCUCCCCCAUCUCAUACCGUCAAUAAAAUACUCAAAAUAACAAUAACAGAUCCCUCGAGCUUACCAUCCGUUUACCUUUUACUCAACGAUGACUCCAGGCUGUCAUUCUUCGACGACCUUGAAACUACUUACCUCGCUCUUGUCACCAUGGCGUCCCUCUUCACUAUAUUCGCAAGGAAUAUCAUUCUAUCAGUUGCAUUCUUAUGGUCAGGUAGAGUUCGCAAGAAAGCACUUCUAUACACUCUAUUCCUCAGUCAACUUCUCGCACCUGUCUCCAUCUUGUCCUUGCUUAUCGCCCAAUUUCACCCUCACUUCGAUUGUAAAAUCAUCAUGCGCAUAUCGGUCGCUACUGCAGGAUUAUCCUUCUCUUUAUUGAUAUCCGGUAUUAUAGGCGUAAAGGCUUACCGAUGUCUAAACAACUCUCGCUUAGUUCUAGUCGUCCUCGUCGCACUCAGGACUGCUGCAAUCGUUCUUCUUGCUCUUGAUCUGGCAUCACUUAACAGUCGUCGCAGUCUUUCAGGUGCCUCUUCCGACUCUCAUUAUCCCCACUUUCAUUUACAUUUUUAUUUCAAAAAAACACAGGCCGCUGCUAUCGACCAUUUAAUUCCCUCUCAUAUGGUUUCACAAUACUCUUAUUUGUCGAAUCGCUGUUCAUCUGUCUUUGUUGUGAGUCAAGCUCAUUAUAUUACCCCAACGAGACUCAUCAUCACAGUUCUCUAUGCCGUUUGGAAAUCACGCGGUUCCACCGCCGUCCAGGGUAGAAUUACCGUAUCUCUCUCUCUUGACGAUGUCGCAGAUCCCCAUCAAGACACCCGAAAAGAGAGCAUCGAGAGCCACAAGACCACUCACAGUCGCCGUGGCUGGUGGGAUUAUGUUCCUACUACAGAUCAUAUCGCUCCAUUUCCCCCCAGAUCCCGUAGAACCCAGUCUCUCCCCCGUGACCCGAGCAUUCCCAUGAGCUGUCUUUCCAAAUUUCGCACCGGUGAAAGAGUGCGUGAUCCGGAGAAUGUGCCCUCCAUCCCACCCAUCCCACCGCUGCCUACAGAAUCCCCUCUCGCUCGUACAUCCGCAAUCCGCGUGUCCACCACAAUUCCAAAUACUCGCAAUGAUCCCCCAAUUCCUCGCCGGUCAUCUUCUCCUGCCAUCUCAGUCCAUAAGUCGCAUGAGUCGAUAUAUGCCUCGUGUAGCGUUCCUUACGUGUCUAUUCAGUUAUUAUACACCACUUUUAUCGCCGCUUCCACUGCCGCUUCGGCCAUAAUGACUAUAGUCAGUGUUAACAGCGCGAACCCUGCCGAUCAUGUAGCUUGGAUGGCCUUUGACUGGGCUUUGGUUUCGUGUCUUGUGGUGCACAGUUUCAGUCGCGUCAUCCGCCGCCACGAAAACGAAGCUCUAUUACAGCAGCCUAGCGUUUGGCAUCGCAAUUUGCGUACAGACCGCAAUCUUUUAGCGGAGGGGAGAGCAAGAUCUUCUAGGUCUUCAUUUACACGCUCAUUCCAAGUGCGCACCCGGCGGUAUCCGAUGAGUCGUCGGCACGAUGGCGAAGCUCCACGCGACCCCUCCCGUUCCCCGCGAGGAGAUCCUAAUUCCAACGCGUUCUCUCCCCACCAAGUCGAAACCCGCCUUCAUGCCAUCUUACCCCCUCAUCCACCCACGCCCGAGGCCGAUUGUUUUCCGGACGACAUCUCGUCGUGUCAUAGAAGCGAUACGAAACUCACGGAAAGCGUUUUCUUGGGGCAUCGGUAUCAUGAUAGUUUACCUAGUUUACCACCACGUCCGGUUUUGGAGGAUCAACGUUAA